AUGGGUCCUCACAGUUGGGUAGAGACGUCUUCAUCCUCCGUGCCGUCCCCGGCGUCUUUAGAUCCAGGUCUCCUCGGAGAGUAUGAAGACGGCAUUCCUCAUCUGUGUUACUGCGGUGGAUCGGUUUUUGUUGAGACGACCGCCAACGGAGACAGUAAAGGAAUGAGAUUUGUCACUUGCCGCCGCCGUGAUGAAGCUGGGCAUCAUAUUCGCAAGUUGUGGGAUAAUUGUGUCGAAGAGGAAAUUGAAAUGUUGCGCUCUGACAUUACAAGUCUGAAGGAGGAUUCCCGCACAUGUGCCCACGCGGACGAAGCACUUAAAGAGAUAAGUAUCCUGUGGACCGACUUACUUUUGGCGGAAAAAAAAACCCGUGAUCUGAAGGAAGAUCUGGAGAUGGAUAUUGUGAAGAUAAAAGAGGAUUUUCUGCAGACGGAGGUGUUGGUUCGUGAUCUGCUCAAGGAGCACAAGACUGGAGAUUACAUUUGUGCUUGCUACAUUUACUCUAUUCCUUGGUCUUUUCAUAAUUUGGUUCAAGUAACUGCUCAGAAUCAAGUGGCAGACGUCAGUCUCUAUGUUCACCAAAGCGUGUUUACUCGGAAGAAGACCGUUAUCCGUUUUUUCAAGCUUUUUAGCAUGUCUCGGUUUAUACCCAAUAAUGGAACAGAAAACAACAACAAAGCAGAUGAACCAACAAAAACCAUUAGUGCGAUGAACGAGCUGUUCACAAGAGUUACUGGGUUUGGACUAGAAGAUGAAAGGGCGCAAAGCUUUGGUCGCCAGUUGCUUCAUGCUCUAUGGUGGGUGCCACCGUCGUGGCAUAACCCCAAUCCGCCAGAUUUCCAAUAUCCGGGGCUCCCUGACUGCGUUUAUGUUGGUAACAUGCAUUGGCACACAUGCAAUAAAUGUUACAUGUUUCAACUCGCACGUAUUGUGUGUAACAAAAAUAUAUCCAAUGUAAUAUUGUCUGGUGCAUUGUUCUCGCUGUUCAAUUAUUAA